AGGCGAUUGUUACUUGCAUUCCAAGCUUAAAGAAAACACACGAAUCAAAUUAAUUGUAAUUACAAUCAUGAGCAAGUUGGUUGGGUUCCUCAUGCUGCUUUUGAUCAGUAUGGUCGUUGCUGAAUUCGACCAUGAUCCUAAGUAUCCUGAACCUGAUGAACACGAGAAGCGUGGUCCAUGUGGAAAGUUUAGCACACUUAGAAUGUUGACACAUAAGUUGCGUCAUUGUGAGAAGGCUGCACGAAGCGUGAGCGUUCCUGUUUCUUCACAGUGUUGCAAUGACCUCGCAAAGGUUAGCAUCCCUUGCCUCUACGAUGUCUUCUCUUCUGACGCCUUCAAGAAAGUUGGUGUUGAUCCCAAAAUCGCAAUCACCAUUCCCCAUCGUUGCCAUAAACCACGAGCCUGAGAAGUUGGUUAGACAACCUGAAGAUUUUACAAGUCGUCAAAGCUUCAGGUUACAAUGUGCUGUGUAUCGUAUGGUCAUCGUUAAUAAUUUGAGCUCGUUAUAGAGACUCAUAAAUAAGUUACUUACAUUGUAACAACUUUAUUAUCUAUCAAAUAAUAUCUAUGUUCUUCUAAAGAAAAAUCUUUUAGGUUGUCUUAAAUUUAAUUUUAUUUGGAUUAGAGUAUCUUAAAAAAGAUGAUGUUGUUGUUUGGGGACAAUGU